UACUGUUCAAUUACGGUCCUUUCUUGUGGAAACGGCAGAACCCUAUGUGCAUUGAACCGCAUGAGCAGAGAGAUCUCUGCAUGCAGUUUGUAUUAAGCGAGAUUUGAACGAAGAGGAACAAGGCCAAAUUUGUUUUCUCGCUGUCUAUCAAAACGCCAUGUUUACUAACUGAAGAAGAAUCUACCAAAGUGAUAAGUCACACGAGUGGCAGCCUUCACUGAAAGAAGAACCUGACGCAGGCGUCUACAUAAACACUAAAGGGAAUUUUAUUCACGGAAGCAAAUAUUAAGUGAAUGCAAACUUUCGUUUUGUUGGAAAGAAUUGUUAUACCAACCGAUACUGGAUAUCGACCAUAUCAUAUAAAUAUAUUGUAUAUAUUUUCCAAGCGUUAAUUUCUAACGAACACAUUUUAUAUCAUACUUGCAUUGUGAGUUAUUUAAAGAACUAAAAGAAGAAAAGAGUCAAGAAACCUGAAAACGUCGCUACUGGCCUUUCACCGCGGACUGUUGUUAUCAUUAUAAAAAAAUCAGGUGAACUGAAGUUGAUAAUUGUUGAAGUCAGGAAUAAUCAAAAACGAUCAGAAUAGACGAAGACCUAGUUCUACAUAUCUGUUGUGCAGUAUCAGCUUAUUCUUUGAAGAAAAAACUACGUAUAUAGGCUUUUUUCAGUGUCUCAAAGAGUAAUCAAAGAAAGCGAUUUACAGGAUAAAAGCCAAAUGUUAGCUAGUCCGCGACCCCGUCCUUUGAACCUAGAUCUUAGUCAUGUCCCGAAGCAAGAGAAACACAACUCGCAUUUGACCGAUGAAUCGAUGUCUUGCUUCUCCACGAACCUUCAGAUUCAGGUUUGUGAUCCAAUUGGAAGCGGAGGAUUCGGCACCGUUUACUGCGGGCUGCUCGAUAACCAAAAGAUUGCCGUCAAGAAGUUGAGGUCGAAUACGAAGACGAAAGAUUUGGUGUGGAAUAGCUUCUUGGCGGAACUCCGAGUGAUGCGGCUGAACCAUGACAAUAUUGUAAAGGUCUUGGGGGCCAUGACGUUGGAGAACACUCCUUGUUUAGUGAUGGAGUUUGCCGGGAAUAGAAAUCUCCAGGAAUUGAUUGAAUGCAAGGACGAGGAACUGUCCAUUUCACGACGUCUCGAUAUUUCGUCCGCUGUAGCUUGCGGGCUGGAGUAUAUCCACAAUCAGGGCUUGGUCCAUCUCGAUAUCAAGCCCGCCAACCUGAUCAUCAACAGUGAAUCUUCGUGCAAGAUCGCCGACUUUGGUUGUUCUCUUAAGAUCGACGAACUGGACGGCGAUCUUCGACCGAAUUUCUACCUCACCGGUACGCAUGCGUAUAAGGCACCGGAGCUGCUACUUGGAGAGUUCCCCACAACGCAGGCUGACGUGUACUCUCUGGGGAUUUGCAUGUGGCAAAUGUUGUCUCGAGUGGAACCGUACGCGGGCGAGGACCCGCAGCUGGUGAUAUUUGGUAUUGCGACAAACUCGGUUAGACCGCGUCUACCCAAAGGCUUGCCCGAAUCCGAUGGUGAAUAUCGAAAACUGUUUCAAAAGUGCUGGAAUGGUGCCCCACAUGACCGUCCAACCCCUUCGGCUCUACAAAUCCAACUGUCGGUUCAUCGUGAUCUGGCUUAAGGAUAAUUGUUUCUUUAAUUUAUUAAAGAAAGAACUUAUUCCUUCUGCUCUUGGGAACAGAAAAAAUAAGACAGUGGGGCCAAAUUGCCAUUCCAUAAAUGGAUUUCAGUGCCAGCACGCUUAAAUGAAAUCAUGUUUGAUUCUACGGAUAUCUUCAUUUUUACGGUCGCUUCAGUCUUAGUUGAAUUAUGCAUUGGGUUUAUUAUAUGCAUGCUUUUUUAUUCUGUAGAGACUGCACGCGGGUUAGCUUAGUCAUGGUAUAGUUAAUGUAGCUAUAAGACUUUUACAAGUCAAAGAAUAUUGUCAGGAUAGAAGAGAAAAAAGACAUACAUUUUACAUGUAACCAAAUCGGUAGACUAUAUUUAAUAAAUAUAAGGGGUGUGCUUGUUUCGCAAGUAAACAUUACACAAAGUUUUACUCAUAUACAUUUAAAAAAAAUAUAUUUUAUCAAAUGUCAUGCACAUCACAUGAUACGAUUUUAAGUACAUAAAAAAAUUCUAGAAUUGAUUGACCGAUCCAUAUGCGCGUGCAAUAAAAACAAUAAUUAAACGUUACAUACGACUCUCUCAAUAAAGCCAAGGCAAGAAAUAGCCCAUAUAAAGUGGCCAAAAUUCAAAGUUUAUAUCAUUUAUGUAAAUC